GACUUGAGUGCUGCCUUCGCCUCCGUCUCUCGCCGGACUCUGCGGUACGAGCAUCAGAUCAAGGACCUCGAGGGUAAGCUCACGGUCAACAUGAGCAACUCUCGCGCGAUCAACAACCUCCUUCAGGAGGUCCUCUCUGCUCUGCACCAAAGUCAACGCCGCGCAGACGUCGCCCUCAACACCACCGUCCCGCACAUCGAACAAUCCCUCGCGGAAGAUCUGGACGCACUCUCUUAUCUCGACGAGCACCUCCCUCGCGUGCAGCAGCAGGUCCACGACAUCCGGCAUGUCUACGACCGCGGUAGGGACAAGGCACGCGAACUGAUCACGGAACUGGAAUGGCUGAACACCCCGCUCUCUGCGCGCCUCCGCACCAUCAUCUUCACAUCGAACGCGCCCGUCAGCUCUCGAUGGAAAGCCUUCAUCCGCACACUCUUUGCUCUCGCCCUCUUCAUGUGUAUAUGGAUAUCAUGGAUCACUCUGCGCGGCGCCGUCAGAGCCCACCGCCAGCGCCUCGUCUGGGGCGAACGUCUGAUGAGCUGA